ACCGCUGGUCUCAGGAGGACAUGCUGACUCUGCUGGAGUGCAUGAAGAAUAACCUGCCCUCCAACGACGGGAGCAAGUUCAAAACCACCGAGUCCCACCUGGAUUGGGAGAAAGUGGCUUUCAAGGACUUCUCUGGGGAGAUGUGCAAGAUGAAGUGGAUGGAGAUUUCUAACGAGGUGAGGAAGUUUCGGACCCUCACAGAGCUCAUUAUGGAUGCUGAAGAGCAUGUGAAGAAUCCUUACAAGGGCAAAAAGCUCAAGAAACACCCCGACUUCCCCAAGAAGCCCCUGACUCCCUAUUUCCGCUUCUUCAUGGAGAAGCGGGCCAAAUAUGCCAAGCUUCACCCCGAAAUGAGCAACCUGGAUCUCACCAAGAUCCUGUCCAAGAAAUACAAGGAGCUUCCCGAGAAGAAAAAGAUGAAAUACAUCCAGGACUUCCAGCGAGAGAAGCAGGAGUUUGAGAGGAACCUGGCGAGGUUCAGGGAAGAUCACCCGGAUCUCAUCCAGAACGCCAAGAAAUCUGACGUCCCUGAAAAACCCAAGACCCCCCAGCAGUUGUGGUACAACCACGAGAAGAAGAUCUACUUGAAAGUGCGUCCAGAUGCCACCACGAAGGAGGUGAAAGAGUCGCUGGGCAAGCAGUGGUCUCAACUCUCGGAUAAAAAGAGGCUGAAAUGGAUUCAUAAGGCCCUGGAACAGCGGAAGGAGUACGAGGAGAUCAUGCGUGACUACAUCCAGAAGCACCCCGAGCUGAACAUCAGCGAGGAGGGCAUCACCCGCUCCACCCUCACCAAGGCUGAGCGCCAGCUGAAGGACAAGUUCGAUGGGCGACCCACAAAGCCACCUCCGAAUAGCUACUCCCUGUACUGUGCAGAGCUGAUGGCCAACAUGAAAGACGUGCCCAGCACCGAGCGGAUGGUGCUGUGCAGCCAGCAGUGGAAACUGCUCUCCCAGAAGGAAAAGGAUGCGUACCACAAAAAGUGUGAUCAGAAAAAGAAAGACUACGAGAUUGAGCUCCUCCGCUUCCUGGAGAGCCUGCCCGAGGAGGAGCAGCAGCGGGUGCUAGGUGAGGAGAAGAUGCUGGGCAGCAACCGGAAAGGGGCGACGAGUCCUGCAUCCAAAAAGUCCUCACCAGAGACGGGCAAGGCGAGCUCAGAGAAGCCCAAACGGCCCAUCUCCGCCAUGUUCAUCUUCUCGGAGGAGAAGCGGAAGCAGCUGCAGGAGGAGCGGCCGGAGCUGUCAGAGAGCGAGCUGACCCGGCUCCUGGCCCGCAUGUGGAAUGACCUCUCUGAGAAGAAGAAGGCCAAGUACAAAGCGCGGGAGGCGGCGAUGAAGGCACAGUCGGAGAAGAAGCACGGCUCCGAUAAAGAGGAGCGCGGGAAGCUGCCCGAGUCUCCCAAGACGGCCGAGGAGAUCUGGCAACAGAGUGUUAUCGGAGACUACCUGGCGCGUUUACAGAACGACCGGGGGAAGGCGCUGAAGGCCAUGGAGGCCACUUGGAACAACAUGGAGAAGAAGGAGAAGCUGAUGUGGAUCAAGAAGGCGGCAGAGGAUCAGAAACGAUACGAGAGGGAGCUGAGCGAGAUGCGGGCCCCUCCUUGCUCCACCAACUCCACCAAGAAAAUGAAGUUCCAGGGAGAGCCGAAGAAACCCCCUAUGAACGGUUACCAGAAAUUCUCCCAGGAGCUGCUGUCCAACGGGGAGCUGAACCACCUCCCGCUGAAGGAGCGGAUGGUGGAGAUCGCCUUCCUCUGGGAACCACCGUCUCCAGACCCUUUUUUGAGCCUCUCGCCCCAGGAGCGGGCUGCCUACAAGGAACACACUUCCAACAAACGCAAAAGCAUAGGGAAGAUCCGGGGCCCCAACCCCAAGAUGAAGCCAACGAUGCAGUCC